GUACGGUCAGUUCCAGCUCUGGGAGCGUUGGAAUGUGGAUCAAGUGCCUUUGCCAUUCGUGAACGGGCUGAUCAGCACGUGGGAGAAGACAGGCGCGUUGCGUGUAGCCAUCUCGCAGCCCUUUGCUGGCCUAGAGAAAAGGCAGUGCACCAUGCAAGUCAUCUUCGGUCCGGGUGAGAAGAAUAUGCGGAUUUCGGUGAUUUUCCGAGGUCAGGGGAAGCGGAUUUCGCCGGUGGAGAAAGCCGCGUACCACAAGGACGUGGACGUGUUUUUCCAGGAGAAUGCGUGGGCGGACCAAAAGUUCUGCAUGGAGUGGGCCAAGAGGUCGUACCGCGAAGGCCUGAUCCGCGGGCGGGGUGAGCUCCCCAAGGCGAGGUCCAUUCUGAUAAUGGACAACUUGCACGCGCAGACCACGGACGAUGUCAAGGGGUAUCUUGCGAAGCAGUGCAACACUAUCGCCUGGCUUGGCCCUGCCGAGUGCACGGACGAGGUGCAGCCAGUUGAUGCAGGAGCCGGACGAUUUCUCAAGGUGGAAGUUGGUAACGAGAUGGACAAGUGGCUCGAUCAGUCGGACAACAUCGAGAGGUGGGAAACCGCGUCGCUGACAGCAUCUGACCGGCGCGUACUGAUCACUCAAUGGACGGGAGCGGCCGUGGCAAAACUCAACAGCAAUCAGGGGUACCGACACCGCCUUUUCGAAAAGUGCGGGAUGGCGAUGACCGUGGACGGCUCAGGCGAUGAUCGAAUCACCUUGGAGGGUUUGGACCAGCCGUACACCUUCCCAAACGAUGACGACUCCAGCGAGAACGAAGGAGGAUCGGAGGACGGCAGCGAUGGGCCCGAGGGGCGGGAGGAGGAGGGCGCCGGAAGGCGCGAGCCGGUCGUCGGGGAUGAGCGCAACGGUGCCAACAGCGGGGAGGGCAUGGAGGGCGCUGGAUACAGCGAUGAAGACGACGACAACAUGUCUCAAUCCCAGACCGACGCGCUAGCUCUUUUGGACGAGGACGACAGCAUGGACCCAGACGACCCGGAGGACGAGACGCAGGGAAUGGAGAUCCCGGCGGGCUUUCCGCCUUCAAGAAUCUACCUCCGCUGCUCUUGACAGAUUUCUUUUGCAACGUGGAGUGUUUGUUCGGCUGGGCAUGGGGUGGUUCGGUGGGUUGAUCAUUCAGCAAUCUCCGCAGCGCCACCUGUACGACUACUAUGUGCAGCUGGAAGUAGGCCACAGUACGCGCAAUAUGAAGCUGCCCUUAGACAAGUACAGCGGAGAUCCGGACGCGGCGGUAGGCUCAUGGGUUUUGCUUGAGAGCGUCAGUAGGGCGGGAAGGGUACGCACCCCCAACGUCACUCUUGUGUCACCAAGACGGUUGACAGUUGCCCAAUGGGGGGGUGUUUGCGGAUAUGAAACUCUGCGUCGAGUGCAGUUGAGUAGUGCACCAAUUGAGCAGUCGAUGAUGAAAUAAGAACAAGAACACCGUUUCUGGAGACAACUGGACGACGAAAUAUGAACUUGUGCUCGGCUUGGGGCAGCCAACAAGAAGCGAGCCUCGCUCCAAAUAAGAGGUUCUUAAGUGCGGGCCGGUUCUGUA